CAUCCUGCUGUACUCAUUUAAGUUUCCUCUCCUGCAAAGAUAACAAAAACAAAAAGAACCAAGCUUUCGUAAGCAAAUCACCUUUAUUAGCAGCUUCUGCCUACUCAUCAACUGAUACAAUGAACAAAAAGUCUAAAGAAGCAAUAGCUAGUACUUCUGAAACUACUCUUAUUAAACUUACGGAAUCUCAGGCACGUACUCUACAACAAAUAUUAGAGACUUUAACAAGUAUGAACAAUGGAAUUCCAGUACAUGAUCUAAAUAGUCCUAAAAUAAUUCCUAAUAACCAGAUAAGGCCUUUUACUUGUAACAAUAAUCAUCAAACAGAAGUAAACGGGGAUGAUGAAGUUGAAAACCCAGCAUCAGUCAGUGAACAACAAGGUAUAUGAGCAAAAUUGCGUUUGUUAACCAACUUCAUCCCAGCUUAGAGUCUGAUACCUGUACCACCGGUUGAUCACAGCCAACCCAUUUACUUGCAAUUACCAUACACUGAUUCACUUACAAGCAGAUCGAUCACUGAACAUUUAAGAUAGCUGCAUAGAACUUCUGACCAAGUUGUCGAUAAAUUUUGUAUUUUUGAAAAUUACGCGCUAUUCAAUAUUGUCUUAGUUGGUUGUUUUUAUUUUAUUUUGGGGGGUACAUCUAAAAUAUUUAGGCUCUUGUUUCAAACAAAUUAAGGAGAGGGGAAUCAGGCAAUGAAUUAUGUUCAAGAGGAACACAAGCAACUGUAUGAAGCAGCAAAAGAUGGCAACUGGGGAUGGGCUGAACAAUUUUUCAAGGAUCAGCCAGAUAUGAUGACGGGCGACGGCACAGAUCACAAGUGAAUCAGAAACAGAAUCAGAAACAGCAUUGCAUAUAGCUACAGAUCAUACAAAGUGGGAGUUUGUGGAAAACCUUGUACAACUCAUGCCAUCAGAAGCACUUGCACUAAAGGAUAGUAAGUACGGAUUCACAGCACUUCACACCGCCGCCAUGGAAGGAAACACCAGAGUAGCUAAAUUGAUGGUGACAACAAAUGGCGCUCUAACACAGAUACGCGAUAACUAUGGACGAGUGCCACUCCACAUAGCUUCAAAGUAUGUUUCUGAUGGACAAAAGGAGGUGUUGCAAUAUCUUUAUUCUGUUAGUAGAGACAAUGACCCAAGUCAUUUCACUGGUCGAUGUGGUGCUUCCCUCCUAUGUGAUUUAAUUGAUUCUAACUUCUACGAUAUUGCGCUGUCUAUUGUGCAAGAUUAUCCGAAGCUAGUCACUGAGAAAACAAAGAAAGAUGGUGUUUGUGCAUUAGAAGUGCUCAUUCGGAGACCAUUUUCAUUUAAAAGUGGAAAUAAGACAACAUGGUGGCAAAACCUCCUCUACCCAUUUCUCCAAGUGGAUAUAGAGGCACCUAAUCACCUUGACAACAGAGCAGACAUAGAGAACCUUCCAGAAUCCCCGAGAGAGUCCUCAACAGUGUGUAGAGGAGCCAUAACAAAGUUUAUCCCAGACUGCCUCAUCACCUACUUAACUCAAGUUUCUUUUAUCAAGAAAAUGUACGACCAGAAGUUGAUAAAUGAACAAGCCUCUAAAUUGGUCUCUGAUAUGUUGAUACAAAUAAAUGAUACUAUGAACAAGUCGGAUGUUAUACAUUUUUUCAAAACAUCUAGCCUCAUGAAGACAGCAAUAACGUAUGGGACAACAGAAGUCAUUGUGCAGUGUCUUGAGAAAUUUCCUUACCUCCUCUGGUCCGAAAUGGAGGGUCAAACAAUGGUACAAAUUGCUAUUGCAGAAAGAAAUAAUAAGGGGGUGGAAUCUAUUUUGCUAGAAAGAUACAGGUUAGUGAGAAACAAAGAUGGAAUGACAGCUCAAUAUAUAUUUACAGAAAAGCACAAAGCUUUGGUGACAAAGGGAGAAAAAUGGAUGAGAGGUACCUCACAUUCAUGUAUGCUAGCAGCAACCCUCAUCUCCACAGUAGCAUUUGCUGCAGCUUUUACUGUACCCGGUGGUAACUACAAUGAUGCUAAGAGAAACACCGUCAAUGGUCUUCCCAUACUUCUGAACAUCAAUUCAUUCAUUGUCUUUGCAGUAGCAGAUGCCUUAGCUCUCUUCUCUUCCGUCACAUAAGUUCUUAUGUUCUUGACCAUCCUAACAUCACGAUAUUCAGAAGAAGAUUUUGUUAAAGCAUUACCACAAAAGUUUAUACUAGGUCUUGCAACACUCUUCAUUUCAAUGACCACCAUGAUGCUAGCGUUUGGUUCAGCAAUAGAUAUUAUUCUUUGCCCGCGAUGGACAUGGAUUGUAAUACCUAUAACAUCGCUUGGCUGUGUGCCAGUUACAUUGUUUGUGUGGUUGUUGUUGGAAAAAAUUGGGUUUCACAAAGGAUGAAUGAAUCAGAGAAGAAAGUGUUGCACUCCAAAA